AUGGCAGCUGUCGCCACCCCUCGCGCUUCGACGCCGCGCCCCAAGGGCCCCGCGACAGUCAGCUUCACGACCGAUAUCCCUACACCUCUGCCUACCCCCGGCACCGACCGAUCCCGUCCUCCGCUGCAAGCCAACCAUUCCGUUCGCCGCUCCGCUCGGUCUACGCCGACAGACUUCCUCUCCGAUAAAGCAACCGCUGCCUUCAUCCGUCGCGUUCUAUGCUCCAAGCAUCUGGCUGAAAGAGGGAGGGCAACCCCUGCCCCCAUCGAAGAACUGCUUCCUCCCUUGACCAGCCGCAACGAUGUUGAUCUGCAGCUAUAUGCACUUAUUUCGGUCAUAAUAAGGGAAUAUGUUCAAGUAUGGUAUAGCAAAAUCACUCCUGACGACACCUUUGUCGACGAAGUCGUCCAAAUAAUUGCCCAUUGCACGAGAGCUUUGGAGCAACGACUACGAAAGGUCGAUUUGGAAAGCCUUUUGUUCGAUGAGCUACCCGAUUUGGUGGACAGACACAUUUUAGCAUAUCGCGCGGCGCAUGAUCCCGUUUCUAAGCCUCCAACAGAGGUAGACCCUCGAGACGUGUACCACUCGCUUUGCCCUCUGGCCCCUUUGUCGCCCAUACCUCGUCCAGAAGACCCUUCGUCUGUCGCGACUCAGCAGGGAAACGAGGCGAUCUACCGUCAGCUAUUGGUUCAGGGCGUAUUGGCCGUUCUCCUGCCAACCGAAGAUCUCGAAAACGACUGCCUAACCUCCUUAGUCGGCCAAAUCUUUUCCGAGCUGAUUAUCGGCAACGUCCUCGCCAAUCGACUUUCGCAACCGUGGCUCAUUUACGAAUGUAUCAUCAUCCUCACUCGAGUCCUUGAAAAGAAGGAACCAGAACCUAUCGAAGGAGGGGUUGCCGGUUCUGCCCCGGCCGGGUCAACAUCCGCGGCCCCUAGACCGGUCCGUCGCAGCUGGUCCAUUCAGGGGGCGUUCUGGUCGUUUGUACAAUGGAUAUUCCUCGCCUUCACAUCUAUCCGUCUGCUCAUAGUCACUCUCGCUAUGUCCUCAUCCUUGCCUCCGCGGUCGGACCGCGACCUGAAUGAGAAACAUGAGAUGACUGGUCAAAUAUCGAAUCCGAAAAUGUCGAAUCCUGCCAUUAGUUCGAACGAGGCGCGACCAGUAAAGACGCCUAUCGCCGCCUUCAAGCUGUGGACAUGCAUAUCGGACUUGAUCGAAAUGGACACCCGCAUGCCUUGGUUGAGCGGAAUGCUGUCACUGCUACAGCUUGGAGCCAUGAAAGGCCCAGGCCGUGUUGCUGGUGUCAACGGAGCCAUGGACAGGUAG